AUGUGGUGGGACGGGAGGGACGGCGAAGGCGCUCGCUCGCGAGAACAUGACGCGCGCUUCGCCGAGUGGGACGCGACGCUGCGCGAAGGCGCCGUGAAGGCCGCUGCCGCGGAGGCCGCGGAGGCCAGGAGCUACCUGAUGGAGGGAGACCAGCGCGCCCCUGGCGCCGCCGCGCGCUCCGGGGGGCUCCUGCCCGACACGUCAGCCGGCGGGCGCGACCCGCUGAUGGACACGGGCGGCGCUGGUGCAUUCCACGGCCGCGCCCAGCUGCCAGUGGAGUCGCCGCCAGGCCAGCCGCUGCAGCAGCUGCAGGCGCAGCACGCGGCAGGCUCCGCGCGCCUCGGCGCCCAGCCUCGCGGCGGUGGUGCGACGGGGGGGCCCGCGCGGAACUCCAGGCAGAUGUGGGGCGGCGGCCCGGAGGAGGGCGCGCGGCUGGGCCAGGAGGCUACGCUCCUGCAGCUCGAGGAAGAGGAGAAGGCAGCAGUGGAUUGGGAGAUGCGCUUAAAGCGCAGCGAUGCCAACGCGAAGCGCGCGCGGAAGCUGCAAAAGAAGGCCUUCGCUCAAAGGGAUGGUCAGGACGACCUGCAGACCAAAGAGACGAAGAAGGCUAUCCGCAAGCAGCUGAAGGCAGAGCGCAAGCUGGCUACGAAGUCGGCGAAGAAGCUCCUGAAGUCGCAAGGUGGCGACAAGGCUGGAAAGCGCCGCCGGGGUGACCGCCACCGGUCGCGGCGGCGCGGAGACGCCGGCGGCGAGGACCGGGAACGCGAGGGGGCGGGCGACGAGGAGGAGGGCGACUUGCGGCGCCUCCGCCGCGGGGACGCCGCUGGCGGCGCCGGUGACCCGCCUCUACGGCGACCGGGCGUGGACAUGGUCCCGGCGCCGGUGGAGACCUCGGAGCCCGCUCCGCGAGUCGGCCGUCGAGGAGGCGGCGCCCUGCUGCUGGAGGGCACGCUGGCGCUGGCGCUCCUCGCCCUCGCCCUGCGCCACUGGUGGCGGCGCGGCGGGCUCGGCCCGCGGCCGAGUGCCCUGCACGCCAAGCGCGGGGUCCUCGUGGCCAACGCGGGGGGCGGCGCCGAGGCAGCCCCUUCCACGCCUGAAGCUGCGGGCCGCAAGCCGCGUGCCGCAGCACAGGCCAAGAGGACGCCCGAGAGGACGCCAGAGCCGCCCGUAGUGAACAAGCUCUCGUCAAAGUGGGCCGGGUCGGCGCUGCUCCCCCCGCCUUCCCCGAAUCCGGUGGCCUCCUCAAGCGACGACUCCGGCAUGCGCAGCGCCGCCUGCACCGCGGGGACGUACCCCAGUGGCUGCAGCACGACCUCCGCCCUGCUGACGCCCCCGCGCUCUUCCGGGUGCGUCGAGUGGCCCAGGGCGGCGUCGAAGGUGCGGCAGCCGCGGGCGCCCCCACUUCGCCGCGGGUGCGCGCACCGCAGGCGCCCUGUGGCCGGGCAGCGUUCCAGCGGUGAGAGCGUGAGCCCUUCCACGAAUAGGGAGACCGAGAACUCGCAGGAGGGAAAUCCGAUUGUGCCGGGUACCUUCUUCAUCGGAGAAGAGUCGGACCAGGAGAAGGUCCCGGCGCCCCGCGGCCGUGAGCCGACGCAGGGCAGCUACCUCAUCAGGGCCGACUCAGACGUCUCCUCUUCCGACGUGGACGACGACACGCUGGCCAGCAUCCCCAGCGCUCCAGAGGCCGGCGUGCCCUCCGAGUCGGAGCCCACGGACAUGGGCUCCCGCACGCGGCGCAUGACACGG